AUGGAAAACCGUGCAUGGAUUAGCUAUCUGAUCCUCGGUGUUGGCAUCACGCUUGCCAUAGCGGGAUCUGUUAUGCUAGGAGUUGGUAUCUCUCGGUAUAACUCGUCCGGAGAUUGCACAACUUCCACAACAUCCACAAAAACUACCGCAACUCCUGCAACUGUUACCGCGACUCGUCCUCCCAAUGUUGAGCCGGAAACAAUCUCGCAGCAAAUCCGAAACGAAAUUAAUCCUGGGCUAAUCAAGCAGAAUCUUCGAGAUUUCACAAAAUUUCCUCAUAUGGCAGGUACAGAUGCCAAUGCCAAUGUGGCCGACUUAAUCGCAGCUAAAUGGACAGCUGCAGGAUUAAAAAAUGUCCACAAAGUUGAAUACGAUGUGCUCCUGUCCUAUCCUCCCACAACAAAUCCAAACCUUAUGACCAUUGAAAGCUCUGAUGGAACUGUUCUCUACACAAGUGAAGGCAUUACUCCGGCUAUUCUUCCUGAGCAGAACGAUACAAAUGCUGGUCUACAAUGGUUAGCUUUUUCUCCCAAUGGUAAUGUGGUAGGAGAUGUAGUUUAUUGUGGAUUCGGUACAGAUAAGGAGUUCCAAAUGCUUGAACUUCUUGGAAUAAGUGUCAAGGGUAGAAUAGCUUUGAUUCGAUAUGGUGGAGCCUUCCGUGGUGACACGGUAGCGAUGGCACAAAAAUAUGGCGCCAAAGCGGCUAUACUUUAUUCAGACCCGGCUGAAGUGGCGCCAAAAGAGACCGCAGAUGCUAACGUCUACGCGAAUACCGUCUAUAUGCCACCACACGCUGUUCAACGUGGAACUGUAUAUAAAGGAGCUGGAGACCCACUUUCACCACUCUAUCCAUCAAAGUCGAAUCUCUGGAGAUCUAGAACUGUUGAGCAGGUUCGCCAAGAUGGUGAACUUCCUUCUAUUCCUGUGUUGCCAAUAUCGUAUUUCUCAGCUCAAGAACUGAUUUCUCGGUUGAGUGGUCCCCAAGCACCUUCGUCAUGGAAAGGAGACCUAAACGCCGAUUAUAAUUUGGGCCCUGGUUUGAAGGGAAACUUAGUGACCAGAAUCAAAGUUGGUGGGCAAUUUGCACAAAAAACAAUCCAAAAUGUUAUCGGUUACAUAAAAGGUGCAGAGGAGCCGGAACGUUAUGUAAUACUAGGAAAUCACUAUGAUGCAUGGACUUACGGUGCCAUGGACCCCAAUGCAGGAACUGCUGUCUUGGCUGAGGUUGCUAGAGCUACGACAGCGGUGAUGUCCAGAACUGGGUGGCGCCCAGCGCGUUCGAUAAUGUUUGCCGCAUGGGAUGCUGAAGAAUAUGGAUUGGUUGGUUCAGUAGAAUUUGUUGAAGAGUUUGCUGAAAUACUCAAUAGGCGUGCUGUUGCUUAUCUGAACAUGGACUGUCUCAAAGGCAAUCAAACCAUAUACGUGCAGUGCUCUCCAUCGUUGCAGGACCAAGCUAUACUUGCUGCUAAAAAUGUUCCAAACCCUAGAAGGGAUGAAGUUGCAGCGAAAAGACCUACAGUCUAUGAUACAUGGAUAAACAACAUGGAAAAUCCUGGAAAUCCAGGAGUACCUACUAUCGAUAUUCCUUUCGGUGGAUCAGAUCACAAGUCUUUUUUGGACUAUUUAGGAGUUCCUUCAUUGAAUUUUGCUUGGAUUGACAUGGACAAGCAUCACACAUAUCCACUUUAUCACACACUGUAUGAAACACCAUUUACCAGUGAACACUUGAUGGAUACUGACAAUUUCGCUAUCCACACGGCGAUCGGGCAGUACUGGAUUGAGUUAGCUGUCAAACUUGCUGAUGCUCCUACUAUACCAUACAGUCUCACAACUCUAUCGACAAAGAUCUUACGAGACUACAUACCGGAUCUGGCUAGAGCAAUUAUAUCAACAAAUUUGACUGCUUACACCGGCGCCGGUCUUCAGCAGCUGAAUCAAAUGACCACUACAGCUGAGAAUUUACUGGAUAGCUCUUUCCUACUGGAGUCUUCUCCAGUUUCCAGGACGGUGGAGCCUUUGGUCAGGAGCCAUUAUAAUGACAAGCUUAUAAAUUUCGAGCGCUGUUUUGUAAAUCCACGGGGUACUCCAGAAGACCCAACGGCUCGGCAUGUGUUAUAUUCAGUGAGCACAACCAACACAUACUCUGGCGUUGUGAUGCAGCAAGUCUACAAAGUGUUGAGUGAUAUGAUUGCCGCCACAACGAAUGAGACAAAUGAGCUGCCCGGCUUGAGUGACGAGCUGGCAAAUCAGAUAUCAAUCGUACACAAUUCUUUAUUGUGCGCAUUGAAUGUUCUUCAAAAUCAAAUAUAA